AUUAUUUUCUGGGGAGCCAUGAUUCCUGUUCUGUAGACGCAGAGGAUAAAUCUGUUCUUGAUUCUCACAGAAUCACUGAUUUGGGGUAAUGGAGCCCUAAGAAAACACAAACUCAUCUCUAACAGGGCUGGUGCUGUAGGUGGCUGGAGGAAGCCAUGCUCUCCAACAGUUUGCCAGGAAUUGCGCCCAGUCCCUGCUCCACAGGGCAGCACAAGUACAGUCAAACCCUAAAUCCCUUGUUUGGAUCUGGAUGAUCCUGGGGGAGCAGCAAGUGCUGUGGCAGACCAGACUGGAGAAAGCCGUCCUGGGACAAAUGGGACUGAAAGGGAGAGGAUGCUGCAGGGAGCUCAGAGCACCAGUGUCACACCAGAGUGGCCUUUGGAGGUACCAGGAGCCCCAGAGAAGGGGCAUUUGAUCCUGGGCUGGAGGGAGACUUCUUGUCUGAUCCCCUUCUCCCAGCCCACCUCCCCUUGACCUCCCUUUUCCCCUGCCUUCUCACUUCCCUAGGAUCAGAUUUUCCACUUCGUACCAGACUGGCCACGCUUGUUUUAACAGCUUAAGUAGUAAUUGCUGGGGCUGGGAGGGGGCAGGGGAAAAUGAGAUCGUGUCUGCCGCCUGGAAAACCCUGGAGCUAAGGUGAAAGCCUGGUCAGGGAAGAGUCACACGGCCCUUUUUUUCCUCUUUUUCUUCAGGGGGUUCUGGAAGUGUCUGUUCCCUCUCCCGGGGCCGAAACAAAGGCUGUGUGUGGUUUCAGGUGGGGUCGGGACAGCCGGAGCCCAUUACGGCGGAGCAGCGGGGGCUGCAGCUGUCUGCCUGGGAAGAGCUGGGCAGGAAACACUGCACAGCCUGAGCGGGCUGGGAAGGCUGCAAGGGCUUCAGGGCUCUGCUCCUCCAGGAAAGGAGGGAGCAGGUUGCUCUGGGAUGAUUCAGGUCUUCGGUCACUGAGUGUGUUUCUCUGCACCCACCUUUCUGAUGUGAGGUUUCUUGGGUUGGUCCCAUUGUCCCACAUAGGCUGGGAACAGGUGGUGACCUUCAUACAACUGCAAGAUUUUUGAAAACGAGGGUGCAGCUGCCCACGGGUGCCUUGGAGGGGCAGGAGCCUGCUGGGUGCAGCAGGUUCUGAGAGCAGGGCACAGCACCCUUUCGUCCAGGACACGGUGCAGAGCCAAUUCCUUGCCUUGGAGGGAGAAGAUGAACUAUAAAACCCUCAUCUAUGUCUGGGAUCUUUGAAAGUGACCCAGACUUUCAAAGGGUCACUUCCUGUUCUAAGGUGUAGUUAGUGCCUGGACACACGGACACAGCUGAGAACUAUUGAGAUGGUGGAAUUCCUGUGGGCUUGGUCAGGGUGGGAAGAGUUGCUUUGUCAUUCACCUUCAGCUGAAGAAGCACUAAGAGGCUGGGUGGGGGUCCCAAGGAGUGGGUGAGGAUUUCCAGUUGCUGGGAGCUGCUUUUCUAGCCAUGCAGCAGCUGCCAUUUCUCCAUCCAGCCUUGCACCACUGUGAUGAAGGUUCCUGGCUUGUCCUUGCAGCUGCUGAUCUUGAGGCAUGAGGCACUCAGGCUCCGGUGUGAGACACCUGCCACCCUCUGCCGCUGCUCCUCUGGGUGUGGAAAGGGGCAGUGGGGCAAGAACCAACCCAGAGCCUGGCACUGGCAUCAUGCUGUGACCACACAGAGCUCAGACAUGGGUAUGGGCAGAAGUUGGGCUCCAGGUCUUGUUCACCCUUCCCUCCUGCACCAACCCCCUGGAAGGACCAUGGGACACCCCAAAGUGGCCCUAUGCCUCUGGGCUGCAGCCCUGAGGACCAAGGUGCCAUGCAUCUGCCACAUUGCUUCCCAGCUGGAGUUUGUGGGUCUGUGGAUUGGGGAUCUCCAGGCAGCGAGUGCCUGGGGCCGGCUGGGUCGGUCUGGGGCUUUCAGGGCAGGCAGGGUAUAGGCCCUGGCAGCUCCUGGCUGAGCUAGCCUGAUGCAAUUCCCUGUUUGUAGAACAUCAGCCUCCCCAUGAGCGUCCCAGGGCAGCAUAACCUUCCCUCAGCAUCUGCAGCUGGAUGGACCCUUGGGUGCCUGCUUGGCAGAGGACCGGGAUUCAGGGCACAGCCAUGGGACACGCUGCAGCCCUCCAUGCGUGGUCCUGGCCAAUUGGUGACAGACUGACUGUGCUUUGGGGUUUUGGGCCCUGGGGGGCCCCAGAAUCACCGUGGGCAGCCCAGAGCCAGCAGCAGUGCAGCCGUGUGCUGGCGGGCAGGGAAGGGGCAGGGGUGGCAGGGGUGGCCGGUCACAGCGCUGUGUUGGUGCUGCUGGCUGGAUGUCACUGUGCCAGAGCAUCGUGGCUGCAUCCUGCUCACACCAGCAUGGGGGUGUUGAGGGUCCCCCGAAUCACCUGGACUGGGGCAAGAGGGCUUCCCCAAGGAGCCACAGAUCACCCCCACCCCAAAAAAAAUAACAACAAAAAAAAAAGGGAAAGGGCUCCCACCGGUUUUUUUGUCCUCUCCACCAGGUGCUCACCGAGAGGGGAGAAUGGAGGUGCUGAGCUGCUCCCCGGGGCAAAAUCCCUCGGUUUCACAGGAGCUGCAAACCCCCCUCAGGGCGGUGGCUCUCACCAGAGCCGGAAGAGUUAAUGCUCCCAAAAUGCCAUUAAAUGUUCCUGCUGCAGGGAUCGCCGGGCUCGCCGGGGUUAGAGGCUGAGGUCAGCGCCUUUCCCAUUCCAAACACCCAGAAACAUCAGUGGGAAGGGAGGGGAUUCGGAUUACAACCUCCCCGUCCUCCCCUUCCACCCCACUCGCCCCGCUGGCCGUGCCGGGGAUGGACUGAGCCCCGAGAGCCCCGAGAGCCGGCCGCCACUGCCGCCGUGUCCGCGGCGCCCCGAGAGCCGAGCGGCGGCGAUGGAUGGAGGCGGCGGGCGGCAUCGCCGGUGGUCCGGCGGGCGCCGGGCGUGCUGAAGGACAGAGGUUUGGUCCUCUCCUCCUACUCUUUGUCCCCCCGCCCGCCCGCCUUCUCCCUCAUCCCGUCCGUCCUGAAUGUGAUUUAUGCUGAGCCCUCGCCAGUGAGGCAGGCCGGCGGCGCGGGGUGGCCCGAUGGCUCCUCGCGGGAGAGGCGGGCGCGGCGCCCGGGGCCAGCGAGCGGGCCGGCCGCGGGUCCCCGCGGGCAUCGCGCUGCUCCUGCCCGUGCUGGCGGCGGCGGCCGGGCUGAGCCUGCAGCCGGGCAGGAUGCGGCACCUGGGCGUCUGCCCCAACCAGCUGAACCCCAACCUGUGGGUGGAUGCCCAGAGCACCUGCGAGCGGGAGUGCCAGGCCGACCAGGACUGUGAAGACUUUGAGAAAUGCUGCACCAACGUGUGUGGGCUGCGGAGCUGCGUGGCCGCGCGCUUUGCCGACGGCAGCGUCCCGGCGCUGGCGCUGGCGCCCGCCGCCUCCUGCGAGAGCUUCGUGUGCGCGCAGCAGGGCUCCGACUGCGACAUCUGGGACGGGCAGCCCGUCUGCAAGUGCAAGGACCGCUGCGAGAAGGAGCCCAACUUCACCUGCGCCUCCGACGGCCUCACCUACUACAACAAGUGCUACAUGGACGCCGAGGCGUGUCUGCGCGGCACCCGCCUCACCACCGUGCCCUGCAAGCACAUCUUCACCUGGCCCGACACCAGCCCCGUGCCGCAGGAGACCACGGCGCGACCCACGCCGGGCGCCGGCCCCGAGGUGCCGGUGCCCCCCGCGCUCUACACCAACCCCUUCCACCAGUCCGUGCGGGCCGGCGGCACCGUCAGCUUCCGCUGCGACGUGAGCGGGCGCCCGCAGCCCGACAUCACCUGGGAGAAGCAGAGCGAGCGGGAGGAGAACUUCAUCAUGCGGCCGGACCAGAUGUACGGCAACGUGGUGGUCACCAACAUCGGCCAGCUGGUCAUCUACAACGCCCGCCACGAGGACGCCGGCAUCUACACCUGCACGGCCCGCAACGCCGCCGGGCUGCUCCGCGCCGACUUCCCGCUGUCGGUGCUCAGGCGGGAGCCGGGGGGGACCCCGCGGACCGGCAGCCCCCAGCCCUUCCCCAGCUCCGAGUGCCUGAAGGAGCCGGACCGGCGGCGGUGCGAGGCCACGGAGGUGCGCUGGCAUUUUGAUGCCAAGCAGGGCUCCUGCCUGACCUUCCGCUACGGCGGCUGCGGGGCCAACAGGAACAACUUCGAGACGUACGAGGAGUGCCGAGCCGCCUGCCUGGGCAGCGCCCGCCCCACCUGCCUCCUGCCCAUGGUGCAGGGGCCCUGCCAGAACUGGGAGCCGCGCUGGGCCUACAACCACCUGCUGAAGCAGUGCCACUCCUUCGUCUAUGGCGGCUGCGAGGGCAACACCAACAACUUUGAGAGCAAGGAGACCUGCGAGGACGUGUGCCCCUUCCCCAAGAGCCUGCAGUGCAAGGCCUGCCGCCUCAAGAGCAAGAUGGUGCUGAGCCUCUGCCGCAGCGACUUCGCCAUCGUGGGGCGGCUCAUGGAGAUCGUGGAGGACCAGGACUCCGGCAUAGCCCGCUUCGCUCUCGAGGACGUCCUCAAGGACGAGAAGAUGGGCCUCAAGUUCUUCAACAUCAAGUACCUGGAGGUGACCUUGACCGACAUGGACUGGAGCUGCCCCUGCCCCAACAUGACGGCGGAGGACGGGCCCCUGAUCAUCAUGGGCGAGGUGCACGAUGGCAUGGCCACGCUGGACCCCAGCAGCUACGUCCGGGCGGCCAACGACAAACGGGUGAAGAAGAUCUAUGAGCUGAUGGAAAAGAAAACCUGCGACCUCCUGAACCGUUUCCAGGACUAGGGGAGAGUCAGGAAGUGCCGAGAGGGUGAGCUGCGGACACAGCCCGGAGGGGACAGCCUGAGGCAGGGGACAGCCUGCGGGAGCCCCUGCGCCAGUGCCUGCCUCUAGAGGUUACCACUGUCAUGUAGUUCUCCCCAGCCCAUGCUGAGCCCCAUACCAGCUCCCACCACCACUGUAAUUUAUCUGCCGCAUGUUCCCCCCACUAUGUGACCCCCGCCUCCACCCCCAAACUGUCCAGGAGCAAAGAGAACGGGGUUGGAUUGCAGAGGGGUGGGAGAUCUGCCGGGACCACCCCACCCAUAAAAUCUUCCCACUUCACCAAAGCCUCUGGGCCCAGUGUAACACCCGCGGGUGCUGGACCUGACCCUUUCAUUGGUGCGAGGUGGAACUGGGGACACCCUCAACCCCAGGGUUUGUGCUGAAAACAUCAGGGAGCUGCUGGGGU